AUGCCCACCAAGACCACUUUCACCCAGGAGAAGACGUACAGCCACUACAACCAAGCCCAAGGAGAAGCCUACGCCAAUCUUCGCCCCAAAUACCAUCCCAGUAUAUACCAAAUGGUCAUAGAUCAUCACACUACCACGGGUGGUCAACUUGAUAUCCUUCUCGAUGUCGGUUGUGGGCCAGGAAUGGCUACCCACGAACUAGCUCCGAAAUUCUCCCACGUCCUCGGCCUCGAUCCAUCUGAAGGCAUGAUAGCAACAGCCCGCGCACACAGCGAGGGAAAGCCUACCACGAAUGUGCGCUUCGAGGUUUCAACCGCCGAGGAAUUAGGCUCAAAUCUGUCUCCACCAAUUCAAGACUCUAGCGUGGAUCUCAUCAUCUCCGCAAAUGCAGCUCACUGGUUCAAUAUUCCGGCCUUCUGGUCCGCUGCUGCCCGAGUCCUCAAGCCCAGCGGAACAGUCGCAAUAUGGGCACCCUGUGGCCCAGCAGUAUACACCUCCACGCCGAACGCAUUGGCUAUCCAAGCGGCAAUGGAAAGAAUCCAAGAGGAGUAUCUCGCCCCAUUCUACGAGCCGGGCAACUUCUUGACUCAGAACCGGUAUGCUGGUUUUCCUCUCCCAUGGAAUAUGGACGAGCCAAUUGCUGUGUUUGACAAGGAAUCUUUCUUCCGUCGAGAAUGGGGUGUGGGCGAGGGGUUUUUUGAUAGGGAACCUGUUCUGAAUUUGGAUCAGGUGGAGAAGAUGAUGGGUGUUGGAAGUCCGGUCACGCGCUGGCGGGAGGCAAAUCCUGAUGCCGUUGGUACGGAGAUGGAUGUUGUCAGGGUGUGCCGUAGGGCUGUGGAGAAACUUCUGCAUGAGGCAGGUGUGGAGGAGGGAAAGGAAGUCAUUCGAGGGGGCUCGAUGGGGGUGUUGCUGAUUGUGAAGAAGUGUAAGGGCUGUGAGUAG